CAUAAACUCUCUUACUGGUCUUAGAAUUUGCCGAGCAGCGAAAUGAACGAAAGCACAAAAAAGCACAACUCCAGGAAAUUCAAGUUUUUUAAAUUCAACGUGUUUGGCAGCCUGAGUAACCUUCCACGCGCUUUUCGAAGAGGGAGUAGCCGAGAGGUAGACCUCCAGCACCAUGGGGAUAUCAGGGUGGGCAGCAGUGUCUUUGAGACGACCCAAGAUGACCUCACAGCUAUCCCCAAGAGUCCCUCCUAUGCCAGGUCAUGUGACAUGUACAGCCACAUGGGAACUAUGCCCAGAUUCGGCAAGAAACAUGGGUCAAAAUCCAAAAAGGAGAAAGGGAAACACAGCUGUGACAAUGUGGCGCCAUCUGAAUUAGCCGUACAACACAGCACUGAGCUAUUGGAUGAUGACCCCAAUGAUAUCAUUGUUGUGCCAUCUUUAAAAGCACAGAUUCAGGACAAGCCGAGCAAAGAACCAGUAACAAAUCAGAAUGAUCCUGGGUCUGUGAGUGCGGACACAUCAAGAACAGAACCUACAGUGACGGACAAGCAGGAAGAAGCGGAGGGUAAACUGGACCCUGAAACAUGUGCCAAGAGCGCCUGUAACAGCCAGGAUCCGGGGUACGACUACGUCAAGUUCUCGAAGGAGAAAUAUAUAUUGGACACGCCUCCUGAAAAGCUGCACAAGGAGUUAGAGCAGGAGCUGAAACUUAACAGCUCGGACCUGCGCAGUCACGCUUGGUACCAUGGGCGCAUACCACGUGAGGUGUCAGAGACUUUGGUCACAAGAAAUGGAGAUUUCCUUAUCAGAGAUUCGCUGACCAGCCUGGGCGACUACGUGCUGACCUGCCGCUGGAAGAACGAUACAUUGCACUUCAAGAUCAACAAAGUGAUGGUGAAGACCAGUGACAGCUACACGCGCAUACAGUACCUUUUUGAGCAGGAAAGUUUCGAUAACAUCCCCUCUCUGGUGCGAUUCUAUGUGGGCAGCCGCCGGGUAGUGUCAGAACAGAGUGGCGCCCUAAUCUAUUGCCCCAUCAACCGCACAUUCCCUCUACGCUACCUGGAGGCCAGCUAUGGACUAUCCACUGGGGGACAGCGAGGAUCUCGAAGCCCACAGAAAGGACAUAUGAAGAGGCGGAGUAUCACAAUGACCGACGGCCUCACAGCAGACAAGAUUACUAAGAGCAACGGGUGCCCAAGCAGCACGUCCUCCCCACAUCACCGAGAUGUAAUCAGAAAUUGUGCUGUCAGUGUGGACCAAAUUCAGGACCUGCACACUCCAAUGUCUCCUAUCUCCGAGACCCCUGGAUCACCUGCCUACAGUACAGUAGUGAGGGUCAAGCCACAUGGAAGCACAGUGGGUUGCAUCACUCCAUCAUCACCAGUUUUACGAAGAUCUAGUGAACCCUAUGUAUGUCCUGCAAACAAUAAGAGUGCAUUAAAUAUGGUGGACAGUGCCCAUUCCACUCCAAGCCAUGGCUACCCACCCAUUUCUCCAUCACCCUCCAUAAACAGCUACAACGACCCAGAUAAUGGGUAUUACUGCCAGCUGCGCCCAGCAUCCCCAACACAGGACAUGCAAAACAAACCACCACCUCCAAAGAGUUAUGUGGAGAGGUUAAAAGUGGAUGAGGGAGCCAGGGCUGGGGGUAUCCGCACAGCAGAGGAAAUUUUCUUCCUUCCAAAUUUGGAAGCCAAAUCUUCGUUCAACCCUUUAACAUUCCAGUCCUCACUUAUCCCUUUGGACAACAAACCUCUAGAGAUGUCAAUUCUGAAGAAGGUCAAAGAGUUAUUUUCAGAAGUAGAUGCCAAGAUUAUUGCCAAACACAUCACCAAAAUUGACUGUGAGGUUGCCAGGAUACUUGGCGUUACCAAGGAGAUGCAGCUGAGCAUGGGGGUGAGCUCUGGCAUGGAGCUUUUAACGUUGCCGCAUGGCCGUCAGCUGCGACUUGACCUCCUAGAAAGAUUCCAUACCAUGUCGAUCACCAUUGCUGUCCACAUCUUGGGCUGCACGGGCAGCACCGAGGAACGAGCCAAUCUGCUCCACAAAACGAUCCAGCUGGCGGCGGAGCUGAAAGGCACCUUGGGCAACAUGUUUAGUUUUGCGGCUGUGAUGAAUGCCUUGGAGAUGUCACAGAUCUCCCGGCUGGAGCAGACCUGGAUAGGACUCAGACAGCGGCACACGGAGGGCGCCAUUUUGUACGAGAAGAAACUGAAGCCUUUUCUGAAAACUCUGAAUGAGGGAAGAGAAAGCCUACCGCUGAGUAACACCUCGUUCCCUCACAUCAUUCCCCUCAUCACCCUCCUGGAGCGAGACGUCCCCAUGUCAGAGAGUGGGGAGCCCUGGGACAGUGUUGACCAGGGAGUGGAGGUGGUAAUGGCACAUCUAGAGGCGGCAAGGAUGGUGGCGCACCAUGGCGGGCUUUAUCGCACCAAUGCAGAGAUGAGACUACAAGGGUUUCAGCCAAGGGCAGAUCUCCUGGAGGUGUCCAGCACAGAGUUCCAGAUGCGAAUGCUCUGGGGCAGCCGGGGAGCACUGGGCAGCCAGGCUGAGAGAUACGACAAAUUCGACAAGGUCCUCACAGCUCUCUCACACAAGCUGGAGCCCUGUGUUCGCUUCAGUGAAUUAUAGCCAAAAACUGCUGGUGCCAGACAGAAAGAAUACCAGGAUGUGAACCCACAGCAGGUUGCCUGGUUGUGAAGGGGUUAACAGAACUGCAGACAGCGACCUGUAAUUUCCCACUGUUUUAUAACAUCAGCAUUUGAAAGACUUCAGUGAACGUCACUGAUAAAACUCAGCACUUUUACAUUAAAAAGCACCUGACUUUCUGUUCAUACAUAAGUAUCAAGGACAGCAGAUAGAGAGCCCCGGCGUAACUGGAAUAAGGAAGCACAAAAACUGGAUUCCAGAGCCCACCUACUGGUGGUAGAUGGUAUGACAGGCAGCAAAUUGCCUGUGUAACUGACCUGCAGGUUUCUGAUGCAGAACUUUACAGAGUCCUCUGCUAAUAAUUUUAUAACAGGAAAAAAUACCACAGCACAGCUAUAUCGAGGUUAUUCACAGGGUGUGCAGCUGCUAUAUAUAAGCUUUAUUCCAAACAAGUCAUGCCAUAGUUGCCAACAUUUGCAAAACAGAAGGUUACUUUUCAGCAGUGCAGUCAAGCGAGCAAGUUACAUGUGUAAUGACCACGCCUACUGAUAGUUCCACCAAAUCUGCUCUGCACCAAAACACCCACAAAAUGAAAUAGUAUUAUUAUUUAAUAUAAUCAGUAAAGUGAGAUUCGCAGACACCAGGUCAGCAAAUUAAAUGUUUUGUUUUUAUUGUUCUGCACAAUAUGCAAAACAACUAUCUAUAUUAUUAGACCAACAAAGACCCCCUGUCUGAUUCCCACAGACGCAGACAUCCAUGUGGAGCCCACAGCUAAGGGCAGAUUUUUACAGUGAAGGACAGACUACCGGGAUAGUUAUAUCAAGGUAGAGAAGGCUAAAAAAUCAUUACUGCCCCGGGGAAAAUCAGGACAGCUGGCAAGUAUGAGAUGUUGUGGUUCUCUGUAAGUUUGAUUUAAUAUUCUAGGCUGCAAUAUUUUGUACAGCACUCCAGCAGCCAAGGGGUUAAAGCUGUGAGACAAGACCGAAAUAAGACACCCACAAAUCUAUACAUAUCCUAAAAACAAAACUAUUUCUUGAACAUAAACCAGUAAUGUUAAUUAAAUAGGCCCUGAAUUUUAUAGGAUUAAUUUGUGGCUAACUAAUUCCUGUCCGGUAUCCAGGUUAGUGCUUCUACAACCGCCAUCUUGUCCGACUAAAUUGUCUUUGUGCGUUCCAGACGUCAGUUACAAAGGUGCCCUUGUUAUUUUCUUAUAAGAUAUCUAUGUGAUUGGGACGAGGGAGGGGGACCGACUUUUUUGCACAAUUGUAUAUAUUGUAUCAGCCAUUCCAGCACUGGAAGGGUUAGUCUUAAUGUUCUGAUUUUCUUAUUUAAAGAGCCACCGAUCUUUAAAAAAAAAAUAAAAAAAUAUCACAGUGGCUGUUGUCAAGGAGACAUCAAACUGAAAAUUAAUAUAAAAGACUAUACGGAAACAGUCCAAUACAUAGGACGGCCCAUUGUAACGCCUGUAUUGUAUGUAUGCAUCAGUUGAUGCCAGUUUCUGCCUGUUGUAAAUAAUGCUCUGUAUAUAGCACGCUGCUCCCCUAACUGUACAGUAUCCCUGUACAUAACUAUGUGUUACUGAUUUAUCUGUAAAUAAAUGUAUUGAUGUAAAUAAA